UCCAGUAUUUUCUUGACCAAAUUAAUUUUUUUUGAUUGUACUUUGUGUUGAUAUUUAUGUUUGGUAUUUAUGUUUGGUUUUUGUUUUCACUAACGCCACUUGCCAGUAUCAAUAGUAGUAUAAUGGAAAUCUCCCGUUCGUUGUGUCGUUGCAAUGAGAAAAAAAAUAAAAAAAAAAUGCCAAACAACCAGCGAGUUUGCUUGCUGACAUUGGUGCAAUCAUUGGAAUUGCUGCAAUUGGUCGUGUGUGUUUGUGCAAUGAUCUUGGAUAUUUCUGCGUCAAACUGUCUUUGUAACCGAUAUGUUGCAAUAAAUAAUGCGUUGCAAAGGUCUAAAUAUUUUUGCAAAACAAAUUAAUGCAGACCAGGUGUAAUGGAGUGAUUGAUGAUAGUAGUUUCUAUUUUUUAUUUAGAUCCAUUGUCAUUUGGAUUUAUUGUGAUUCGAUUCAGUGCUC